AUGUUUACAGACGUCCACCAUCGCAGCUCGGUCCAUGGAGCCAUAGUUGGUCACCGCCUUGCUCAUGCGUCCUCCCGUGGAGUGACCGGAGGGGUACAGCAGCGUCCAGUCAGUGUCAUAGGUCACAUCAGUUCUUCAUCUUCCCACGUUUCUUCCUCUGACCAUGCGAGCACACACCAAAGAUUUGAAACUUCUGUUGAUGGCUGUGGUCGUGGUGCUGAGGCGGAAGGGGAGCGUCACAUCGACCAAGUUCUGCAGGAUUACCCCUGGUUCCAUGGUCUGUUGCUGCGACGAGAUGCUGCACAGUUAGUGCUGCAGCAGGGACCUCUGGGACAUGGAGUCUUCCUAGUGCGACAGAGCGAGACCCGAAAGGGUGAAUAUGUUCUUACUUUCAACUUUCAAGGCAGAGCCAAGCAUCUAAGAAUGACGAUUCAAGAUGAUGGCCAAUGCCGUGUUCAGCAUUUGUGGUUCCAGACGGUAUUCGACAUGUUGGAGCAUUUUCGAAGCCACCCAAUCCCCUUGGAAUCGGGUGGAGCUUCAGAUGUCACGCUCACCGACUAUGUUAUCUCAAUGGAGAGGCCGCGCACACCUUCCACGCUUCCGCGUAAUUCUCCACGCCAAAUGUCCAAUUCUGGUCGCUCAUCGUCUACAUCCAACCUGGGCAUGAGGAAUGGUGCUAACCCCGUGCCUCUGGGUGGAGUCAAUGGCAUGGGUAGUGGAGCUGUCGGUGGAAGUGGGACUGGCCUGGGUGGAACAGGUGGCCACAUUGGAGCAGGACCUGGUCUCCAAGUGGCUGGUGUCGGAGGUGGAGCACCUGGCAGUGGGCCAACUGGAGGCCCGGGUGGAGGAGGAGGCGCAGGAGGUAUAACGGAAAAUGGCAGGGAUGUUAUCGUUGUUAGUGGCUCAGUGCGGUCGAGAACUGAGUCAAUUGAAAACGUUGUCCGUGAACAGUCACAGGGUACCCAACAGCAAGUUUCUCAUGGGCGUGCUAUUGAGAACCACUAUUCUUUUGUAUAA